UUAGAAUAUAAAACCGUGAAGAGAAGCGGUGAUUUUUAAGAAGACGUCAUGCUUUCUGCAACUCCCCUGUAUGGCAAUGUGCAUAGCUGGAUGAGCAAUGAGAGGGUCCGCAUGUGUGGAAUUAAUGAAGACAGGAAAAUUCCAGUUAAUGAUGGCGAUGCACCGAAAAGCAGACUGGAGUUGAGGGAAGAAAAUCACCUGAAUCACAGCGUGGUGGAUGCAACCACGGCACAUCGCAUCGACAGCCUCACGGCUCUGAGCAUGGACAGGUCUGGACUUAUGCGAGAAGGACUCAGGGGGCCCAGUAGUAUUGUCUAUUCCAGCUUGUGCGGACUUGGCUCCGAGAAGUCACGGGAUGCGGCGAGCUCCAUAGCGGGUCUUGGAUUUACUCCGGAAAGAACCCCGGAGAUCCAGUUCAAAUCCAACCCCUCCGAAGCAGUAGAAAAUGCCGCCGUCUCUGCGAAAGCCCCAAAUGGCUUCAGUGCUAUGUACAAAGCGCCACCUGGAAUACAAAAAAGUUCUGUCCCCACGGGAGAGACGCUCGGCUUGGACAGGGCCGCCAGCGACAAGCAAAGUCCUCUCGGCGUCAACGGUGCUAGUUACCUAAGGCUGCCCUGGGUAAACCCUUACAUGGAGGGCGCUACGCCCACGAUAUACCCUUUCCUUGACUCACCAAAUAAGUAUUCGUUGAACAUGUACAAGGCAUUGCUACCUCAGCAGUCCACCUACAGCUUACCGCAGCAUCUGGCGUACUCGCCCGUGUGUACGAACGGUGAACGUUUUUUAUACCUGCCCCCCUCCCACUACGUCGCGCCCCACAUCCCCUCGUCCCUCGCGUCGCCCAUGAGGAUCUCAGCGGCCUCGGCGUCGCCCACCAUCCCGCCCCUGGUGCACUGCCCGGACAAGGGCUUGUCGUGGAAGAUGGGCGCGGCGCCCGCGAAGCAUAACAGUAAAGUAACGAAAUCCUGCAGCCAGGACACCAACUUCAAAGCCAGCGAGAAUGCCCUUGCGUCGAGCCCCAUAUUUUUGCCACCCAAUGAGGCGUUCCGCUCCCCACCUUUGCCCUAUCCGAGAAGUUACCUCCCGUAUCCCGUUCCGGAGGGUAUCGCGAUAAGCCCUUUAUCCCUCCAUGGAAAAGGCCCCGUAUAUCCUCACCCGGUUCUCUUGCCCAAUGGCAGCCUCUUCCCUGGGCACCUGGCUCCCAAGCCCGGCCUUCCCUACAGCCUGCCGGCGGGACGGGGCGAGUUCAUGACUUACCAGGAUGCGCUGGGAAUGGGGAUGGUGCAUCCCAUGUUGCUGCAGCACUCGACUCUGGAGAUGAACAAGGACGAGAAGCCGGAAAGGAGGUCACGGUCUCACGAGAGGCUCCGCUAUGAGGAUCCCGCUCUGAGGAGCCGGUUGCCGGAGCUCCUCGAGCCCAGCGGGAAGCUGCAUUUCGAGGUGCCCAACGACAAGACCGUGAAAUUGCACCAAAGCUCCGGCCAUGGGAAAAACUCCACCAAAAGCGACAAACACCUCUUCCCAGACCUCUUGCGAGAUGAGCAAGAUGCUAAAAGUGAAACAAAUUUAACGAAACCCGUCUUUGCUACUGAAAGCAGUAAUCAGGCUAAUGACCCUACAAAGCACAAGGUAGAACAAGCGUCUCAGCACAGGGAUUUUAUUGUGAUGAGAGAGGAGUUUGGAAGAAAUAAUGAUCUUCACGAAACCUACAAUUUUAAGCAAGCCCAGAGUUCGUCGGUGUUCAGCUUAAGGAAAGAAGAUUUAUCCGUAAGCCAAAAUAAAGAGAGAGUAAUGGUGCAGCCGCCUUCCGCUUUCUUGGAAGCGGCGCACGAGGGCGACGGCCCAGCACUGUCCUUCGGCAAAGCGCAGGACGACGCCAAGCAGUUCUGCAUGGGAGCUGUGCAGCCGGGCCUCGACGCGAGCCAGGCGUAUACCAAAGACGGGGCCGACGACGCCGAGUCUGCCGAGGGCAAAAUCCUGAAGCCCAAGCCCUCCAAGCUGGCGAAGCGCAUCGCGAACUCGGCGGGCUACGUAGGUGACCGCUUCAAGUGUGUCACGACGGAGCUGUACGCGGACUCCAGCCAGCUGAGCCGGGAGCAGCGCGCGCUGCAGAUGGAAGGAUUACAAGAGGACAGUAUUUUAUGUCUACCUGCUGCUUACUGUGAGCGUGCAAUGAUGCGCUUCUCAGAGUUGGAGAUGAAAGAGAGAGAAGGCCAAACAGCUACCAAAGACUCAGAGGUCUGCAGAUUCAGCCAGGCAGACUGGGAAAACUUGAAAGGAAACAGUGAAAAGAAGCCAAAGUCUGUCACUCUGGAAGAUGCCAUUGCUGACCAAAAUGACAAUGACAGAUGUAACUUUAUUAGCAGAGAAAGCAACCAAGGUCACUUUCUUGAAGCUCCAGAGGAAAAAGAUAUCUCAAAUGAGAAUUGUUAUUUAGAGAGACAUUCUAUAUAUGAGAAAGCGGAAGAGCCGCCAGCGGAAGAUAUUGGCCAACAUCCAUGUCCACGUCUGGACAGGAAGCGUAAACACUCUGGUGAGAGAGUGCAAAACGAUGGCAGCCAACACGACAACUUUAUGGAUGAGCUGCAGGAUGAAGUUUUAUCAAAGGCAAAAAAGAAGAAGAUCUGCAAAGAUGACUGGCCUGAGAGGGAAAUGACAAACAAUUCCUCUAACCACUUAGAAGAGCCCAAUUGUAAUGAGGUGACCAACCUGAAGGUGUGCAUUGAAUUAACAGGGCUCCAUCCCAAAAAGCAGCGUCACCUGCAGCACCUUAGGGAACUAUGGGAGCAGCAGGUGUCACCAGAGAGAUCCCCGUCCGGCAAGUUGGGCCGGCAAAGCAGGAAAGAUUUAGCUGAGGCUGUUCAGCCAGAGACCACUGCAAAGGUCAAAGACUUCACAGAAGAAAGGCCCACCAAGAAAAGGUCAGAGGCCAAAAGCAAUAGAAGUUGGUCUGAAGAGUCCCUCAAAACAAGUGACAAUGAACAAGGCUUGCCUGUAUUCCCAGUGUCUCCGCACAUGAAGAGCCUUUCAUCCACCAAUGCAAACAGCAAAAGGCAGGCUCAGCCAAGCUGUACUCCAGCCUCGAGGUUGGCUGCCAAACAGCAGAAAAUUAAAGAAAGCCGGAAGACAGAUGGGCUGUACACAGAUGAAGAGGAGGAUUUCCAACCUGCAUCUCUGCAGAAAUACGCUGAGUGUGAGAAGCCAUCAGGGAAACGUCAGUGUAAAACAAAACACUUGGCACUGCAGGAGAGGAGAAGGAGGUCAUCUCUGACAGGGGAUGACACCACAGAUAUCGAAAAUGCUGAAGAUAAGGUAUCUUUAUUUAGACUUAAUUGUCCGCUAGAAGUGGUGCUCUACUGCCUGGAGAACAAGGUGUGCGACGUGAACCACCGCGACAACGCCGGCUACUGCGCCCUGCACGAGGCCUGCGCGCGGGGCUGGCUCAGCAUCGUGCGGCACCUCCUCGAGUACGGCGCCGACGUCAACUGCAGCGCCCAGGACGGCACCAGGCCGAUCCACGACGCGGUAGAAAACGAUCAUUUGGAAAUCGUCCGCUUGCUGCUGUCCUACGGCGCCGACCCGACGCUCGCCACCUACUCGGGGAGGAGCAUCGUGAAGAUGACGCACAGCGAGCUCAUGGAGACCUUCCUCACAGAGUACUUAACUGACCUGCAGGGUCGAAGCGGUGAUGACCCUGGUUUGUACUGGGAUUUCUAUGGCAGCUCCGUGUGCGAUCCAAAAGAUGAGUCUGGAUUUGACAUCUUGGCAAAUCCUCCUGGCCCAAGUGAUGAAGAAGAUGACGGCUUUAGCGAUGUGUUUGAAUUUGAAUUUUCAGAGGAGCCUCCCCUGCCGUGUUACAACAUUCAAGUGUGUCUCUCUCAGGGGCCACGAAACUGGCUUUUGCUCUCGGACGUGGCGAAGAGGCUAAAAAUGUCAUCUCGCAUCUUCCGCUGCAACUUCCCGAAUCUGGAAGUCGUCACGAUCACAGAGGCCGAGUUUUACAAACAGACUUCUCUAAGUCAGCUCUUCUCUUGCGCUGAGGACCUCGAAGCUUUCAACCCCGAAAGCAAAGAACUCUUGGACUUGGUAGAGUUUACAAGUGAACUCAAGAGCUUGCUCGGCUCCACGCUUCUCUGGUUGCAUCCGCAUGAGGAGCCUCCCUUCGACAUCCUUUGGUGAACCAUCAGGCCGUUAAAUGUACAGUACUAUAUACAGCUACUUCUUUAUGUAUAUGUGUUCAAAUGCAAUUGUUUCUGUAAAGAAAGGACACUAUUAAAUAUGAAAAUAUCUUUCCUUUAUAUAAGAGAUCUGAAUUCCAGUUGGAUGGAUUUUGGAAGAAUUUUUUUUUAACUUCAAUCAGUUUUUACAAAAUUGUUAUAUAAUGUUUCUUUAAAUGCACACAGGCUUUGGGAUAAGUUUGUUAUUACUUGGAACACAUUUUUUUUCUUUUUUUUUUUUUUAAAGGAACACACCCACACAUUGACUUUGUUUCAUACAAAGCACUGAUUACACAGAACAUACUUUUUAUAGGUGAUGUGAUCAAAGUCAUGUGGCUUGUUUGGGAGAUAGAAUUUGGUAAGGCACUUCGUGAUAUUAUUUUUGUUUUUUUGUUUACAGAAUUACCUGCUUUGGCCAGGUAAGCACUAUUGAAUAUAAUUCAAUAGUUUGUAAUAUAAAUUAAACCAUAUCCAUACGCAUCAACUAAUUGUAAGAACUUUUAUAUCCUAAUUUAAAAGCUGUGAAAUUUAGUUUUCACACAUCAAACCGGAUUGUUUAUAUAUGUUUAAACAUUUUAUGCUCUUUAUUUAAAGAAGACUUUGAACUAUUUUUUCUGUACCUUGUAAAAUAUUGAAAAACUAACAUAUGUUGAAGUUGCUUGAAACUGUACAUAAACUAAAUUUUCUGAAUUGUGUGUUUAUGUUUGAGAUCUGUGUUUUAACUUUGUAAGUAAAUCUCCUGCCUUUGUAUUUAUAUUUUACAAAAAUUUUCUUAAAGGCAAUAAAACUGUUGAGAAAUGAA